AUGCAAGGGAAGGAAGAGAAAGAGAAAGAGGACGUCCGAUAUCGGGGUGUCCGAAGGCGGCCGUGGGGGAAGUAUGCGGCGGAGAUACGUGAUCCAACUAGGCAAGGUGCAAGGCUAUGGCUGGGGACAUUUGAGACAGCAGAAGAAGCGGCAAGGGCUUAUGAUAAAGCUGCAUUUAACUUGAGGGGUCAUCUGGCUAUCUUAAAUUUUCCGAAUGAGUAUUAUUCUCAGCUUCCCAGCCCACCUCAUUAUCAGCCAUUUUCUUCUUCGUCGUCUUCAGCUUUUUCUUCCUCAUUUUUUUCAAGAUCAUCAGCAUCAUCUUCGAGUUCUGGUGCUAUUCAGGGUUUUGAUCAGAGGGGAAGUUCCUCAUCAUCAUCAACAGGACAACAGAAACAAGUUAUUGAGAUUGAAUAUUUGGAUGACAGUUUGUUGGAGGAGCUUCUUGAAUUUGAAGAAAAGAAAAAGAACGGAAAAUGA